GUUUUGUUAUAAAAAGAAUGAAGAUGCAAAAUGUCUCAAAUUUAAGACAUGUUUCUAGCAUCACACCUUUCUGAAGUUAAUCAUCCUUUGUUGCGUCAUAUAAAAUAGUUCUCUUAUGCUUCCAUUCUCUCAGAAUUGUCCAGGCUCCACUGAAUUUAACCAUGUGAAUGUAUCUUCUUUGUGUUAUCUUUUGUUUGCUUUGUUCUGCCUAAUACUAUCAUCUAAUCUUUCUUUUAAUUUUGAAGUACCAUCCUGAUGUGAACAAGGAACCUGGAGCUACCGAAAAGUUUAAGGAAAUUAGUGCAGCAUAUGAGGUGUUAUCAGAUGAUAAAAAGAGAGCUUUAUACGAUCAAUAUGGUGAAGCUGGAGUUAAGAGUGCAGUAGGGGGGGCAUCUGGUACUUAUACGAGUAAUCCAUUUGAUCUAUUUGAGGCAUUCUUUGGGCCAAGUAUGGGUGGAUUCUCCGGUAUGGACCAGACUGGAUUCAGGACGCGGCGUCGUAGCACCGUUACCAAAGGUGACGACAUACGUUAUGAUAUAACUUUAGAAUUUUCUGAGGCAAUUUUUGGAGCUGAAAGGGAUUUUGAACUCUCACAUCUGGAAACGUGUGAAGUUUGUUCUGGUACUGGAGCAAAGGUUGGCUCAAGGAUGAGGAUAUGCUCCACUUGUGGUGGCCGGGGUCAAGUUAUGAGGACUGAGCAAACACCAUUUGGUCUGUUCUCACAGGUUUCUGUAUGCCCAACUUGUGGUGGAGAUGGUGAAGUCAUUUCUGAAUACUGUCGAAAAUGCUCUGGUAAAGGAAGUAUGCGCAUUAAGAAAAAUAUCAAAGUGAAGAUUCCUCCAGGGGUUAGUACAGGCAGUAUUCUCAGGGUUGCUGGAGAGGGUGAUGCUGGACUGAGAGGUGGCCCGCCAGGAGAUCUUUAUGUUUAUCUUGAUGUUGAAGAGGUAAAAGGAAUCCAAAGGGAUGGCAUUAAUCUUUUGUCAACAGUGUCUAUCAGUUAUGUCGACGCCAUAUUGGGGACUGUUGUGAAGGUGAAGACAGUUGAGGAGGUUUCAGAUCUACAGAUCCCACCAGGCACUCAACCUGGGGACGUGUUAGUGCUCUCAAAGAUGGGUGUACCUAAGCUCAACAGACCAUCUAUACGUGGUGACCAUUUAUUCACCAUUAAAAUUACUAUACCAAACCGAAUAAGUGCCAAAGAGCGGGAGUUACUUGAGGAACUUGCAUCUCUGAGUAAAACUCCUGGCAGCCGCUCACCAGCUCGAGCCAGGGCUCCAGCCACUCCAACUUCAGAACGUCAGGUGGAUAGGAUUACAGAGAAAACUGAAGAAUCAAGAGAUCAGAAUGACUUGUGGAAGCAGUUAAAAGAUUUGGCAGGGUCCGUUGUGAAUGGUGCUCUAAAAUGGGUGAAAGACAACCUGUAAUUGAUGUCUUCAAGCGGUCAAAAAUAAAAUCUGAUGGCUUCACUCGAGAUUAAAACUCGGUGAAUGCCUAGGCACCAAUGUGCACCAUGCUGCAAAACAGAUCCUGUAGCCCCUUUAAAAAGUGUACCUUUAGAAGUCCGCACCACAAGUUUUUUCAUGGAUUUCCUAUAGUUGUGUUUUUUAAGUCUUGCUGUGGUGAAGUAAGAAAUUUUUUUAACUCAG